CGCCGAGAGUAGGGAGCAUCACCCGAGAGCCAUAAGCCAAGGAUCUGCCGCCGCAGCCUCAGUGCGAGUCUCUUCAGCGAGCAGGUCACAGCUCGGUCUGACGAUAUAAUACGGCACAUCUCUCGUCGGGUCUACCCCUCCAAUUGUCAUCGGCGUCGUCGAGUCGCCGAUCUGCCCGCAACACCGUCAUCGUUAACCUGCAAUAUACAUACAUAUAUACAUAGGUGACACGUUAUCGUGCACCCGACUACCAACCAACCACACACCAGAGUCAGAUACCAUCGACGAAACAUCAACAACAACAAAAACAACAACAACAACAACAACAACAACAACAACAGGCGAUCCCAAAUCGCACAUUGACACGAAGCUGGGGGUGUAAAUUUGCCAACGCAGGACGAUUCACUCGUCGAACCAUGAAUUACGAAAAGAGCUGUUCCCCGAGGCUGAUAAGCCCUUCGCCCCGGUACUACUCGAGGGGAGGAGUCAGUAGAUACUUGAACGGCACGAGCAUGAACUCGCUGCACUGCGCCUCGUCGACGGGCACCAGUCCCGAUUUGCACGGCCACAACGGCUCGCCCGACUUCAUAGACUACAGCGCGAUCUUAAACUCCAUACUAGACGGCAACGCCGACUUUGGCAGCGACGCCAGUCUCAGUCCGCCUCUGAUAAACGUGAACAAUCUCAAUGCCUUCAGCGACAGCGACAACAGCGACAUGGGCGAUUUCAUGGGUGGCAGCCACUUUAGGCACAACAACAACAACAACAACAGAGACAACGACAACAACAACAAAAACUCAUACGGGCUCGGUCAAAUGACAAGACAGAGCUACGAUCAGAGGGUGUCGGCGUUCGCGCAUCACCAGCAGCAGCAGCAGCAGCAGAGCCGGUCCAAAAGUCCGGUCCCGCCGGCAAACAGGCACUGGAACUACUGUAGCCGUGGCAGCAGUCCCCCGAGGAUAGCCAGCCCGAGCGAGAUAUUCAUGGACAAUAUCUGGGGCAGCCUGAGGAUAAGCGAGCCAGCCACUGCCGUCUCGAAUAGCGUGUCUUCGGCGUUCGGCACGACCAGCAACGAGUACAUGAGCGCCGGCAGGUCGCCGCUGUGCGAGAAACACCGCGAGACCGUCAGUCACUUUUGCGACACCUGUAGCCAGAUGAUCUGCAGCUGCUGCAUCUACGAGCGCCACGCCUCCCAUCAGUUCAAGUUCCUCUGCGAGGCGAUCGAGCAGAACACUCAGCGGUGCACUGAGAUCGCGACCACCUGCUUGGAGACCAAAAAUUACCUUUUGGCCCGCGAGGACAACUUGAAUGCGACAAUCACGGCUCUCGACAAGCAGCGGGAAAACGCGCGCAAGGCGGUCACCAGUCACGUCAAGCUGAUCGUCGACAUGAUCCAGGCGCAAGAAAGAGAACUGCUCACCAGGAUCGAGGAGGCUCACAAGGCCAAGACCGAGUCCCUUAAAUCGCAGUGCGUCUCACUGAAGGGCUACUCGAGCCGUUUGCACUGCACGGCGGCGAGCCUCGCUCAGGUGGUCAAGAGCGUCUCCAACAGUACCAAUCCUAUGACUCUGGUUCAGAAACAGGACGUCGCUUUGGCCCAGCUGUACCAGAUACGGCAGACCGUGCUCAGCUACGUGGAAAAACCCGGGGACUGCUGGAUAGUGUUCAACCCGUCUGACAACGCUCAGCUGCUCAAGCAGCUCAUGAACAUAGGCACAAUCGGCACAAAGUCUCCGGGCGCCGUGGGUGAACACCGGGACGGCAGAGCCCUCUACAACGACAUGCUCGAGCACAUAAGACUGCGAGCCCCGCUAGUACCUUCGGGCAAGGGUGAGGUCGUGCCUGGAUCGCGCAACAGCGUGCACGCGGUGUUGCCCGACGAGACGAACAUCUCGAGUCCGAUUCUCGAGCUCGGCACCACGAGCGACGAGACCGACAACUUUUGCCGACCGUGGGGCGUCGCCUGCGACCCCGAGGGCCACAUCAUCGUUGCCGACAGGUCGAACAAUCGCAUAAUGAUAUACUCGAGCGCGGGCCAGCUCAUACGGCAGUUUGGCUCCCACGGCUCCGGGGCCGGGCAGUUCGACAGGCCAGCUGGGAUCGUCGUGGAUGCGCGUAAGCGCGUCGUCGUCGUCGACAAGGACAACCACAGAGUACAGGUAUUGACGAUGGAGGGCACGCACCUCUUCAUGUUCGGCCAGAAAGGCAGCAUGUGCGGCCAGUUCAAUUACCCAUGGGACGUGGCGGUGAACAGCGAAUGUCAAAUUCUCGUGACGGACACGCGCAAUCACCGGAUCCAACAGUUCAGCGCCAAUGGCACCUUUUUGCGAAAGUUUGGCUUCGAGUCGACGCCCGUCGCCUGGAAAACCUUCGACUCGCCCCGAGGCGUCGCUUUCGAUCCCAACGGAGAAGUCGUGAUAACGGACUUCAACACCCACCGAGUCAUAAGGAUCGACUCCGAGUUUGCUGGAUUCAACUACCUCUGCGACAAAAAUGGGCCCCUAGUCUUCUCGAGACCGCAGGGCCUGCUCGUCGACGACGAGGGCAAUUACAUCGUCGCCGAUUCCAAGAACUGCCAGGUCCUCGUAUUCAAGAGCAACGGUGACUUCAGGGGCCAGAUCGGCAUGACUGGCCAUCACCAGGCCGGGGAACUCGACAGGCCCUCGGGAAUGGCGCUGACGCCCAACGGCAGGCUCGUCGUCGUCGAUUUCGGCCACAACCGAGUAGUGGUCUUUUAAGUCCCCUCAUCAUCGUUUUUCAACGCUCGGAUGCUCAUUUUAUUUAUCUUCCCGUUUUCUCAGCAGCUGUGAUCUGAUUUGGUUUGAUUCUUUUUUUUUUUUUUUUACAUAUGUAUAAUAAUAAUUAUUAUUAUGAUGGAAGAUGACAAAAAUCAUGAGCAAAACCCGUGAAAAGCAUUAUUGCCUUAUACGAAUCCGAGAAAGCAAUAUUUUCAUACCGAGCGUCAUACAAAAAGUACACACGUCGUUGGAGCCUAACGUGAUGACGGAUAUGUUUGAUGUAUCGAAUGAAAGAGGGGAGGAAUUUUUUAAUUGAUGAUAUGAGCGGCAUAGCAGUACCGACUCUAUAUAAUUUUGGCUACUCGAGGCACGUAUGUGUCACUAAAAAUGCUUGUCCUAAAAAUUGUGAAAUUAAGAUUGAAAAAAUCGGCUAUAAUCUUUGAGAUAAACUUUAUCGAGCGAGAGAUCGGUGAAAGAAGCACGGAUCUGAAACUCGAAACUCUCGACGACGAGAAUAUUUAUUUAAAUAAUUAAUGUGACGGCGACUUACAGAAAGUCCUACGCAAGCGGUAUUGGCCUAUUAUUUUACUUUUUUUUUUUUUUAAACAUGUAGUCUUUGAUAUUGAUGUUUUACGUCGAGUUAACGUAGGUACAUAUCAUCCUAUUUUAAACGUGCAACGUCACAUUCGUUGCAAUAAUUUCAAGUCGGCGAAUUGUAUCAUAAAUAUUUAAUUACAAAUUUCAAUUUGUAAGGUACGUUUCAUGGUAUGAUGUGUAUAUGUGAGGCGAUGAAAAAUUGCUCCAACAAAAUCCCGUUAGGGGGCUAAACUCGAUUAAGAAUAUGUGUAUUAUAGAAUGUCGAUGAUAGAUGAUGAGAGUUGGUAAUGGUACACUUUGCCACAAAGAUAAAAAAAAAGAAAAGAAAAAAAAAAAAAAAAAUUGCAAUGUAAAAUAAGAAAUUUUUCAAAAACGAAGGAAUCGGUCUAAAAUCGCAUUUAAAGAUUUUACUCAAUUUCGGAAUGUUGAUACAGCACACUUGUUCGAUUUUAUUUUUGAGGGUGAUUACUUGUUGUUACAGUUAAAAUUUUUAUCAACUAUUCACGUGCUAAACAAAUGAUGUGCGCAUACAGAUUUUUCGUUUUUCUCCACUAUUAAGAGCCUUCCAAACUUUUUCUGGGUGAAAAAAAAAAAAAAAAAAAACUAAUAAAUACAAAAAAUUAUCUAAAACAUCAAAACUUUAAGAAUAGCUAAAUAACCACACAUAUAAACAAAAUUUUAUUGUACUCGACUACUUCUCCAUAAUAUUUAAUCCGUGUGUUGUGGUUUCAUGAUUUUGAUUGCCAAUGAAAGUUCUAAAUUCAUCAUUUAUGUUAGAUUUCAUCAACGUGAUUGAUUUAACUGAGAAAAAAUUUCAUUGGCAACUAAAGAGUACAUGCCUUGCAAAGCAGUGGUGCAUUCUCUUUAACUUUGGAAGAUCUGAUCUUCAAAUAUUUUUUCAGUCCCAUCUUGAAAAAAAAAAAAAAAAAAAAAAAAUACUUCUUAUUACAUCUGUAUAAAAAUUAAGACUGAAUGAAGACUGAAAAAUGAUUGCCAAAUUUUUCGUUGUUUCUUAUUCAAUUACACAGCAAAUACCACAAAGAUUAUUGUAGAGUAAAAAACUUAAACUAAUCAAUUUAAGGAUUUUAAAGUUGAUAUGCAUGAAACACAGUUUUGUUUUUAAUUACUAUUCAUGUAUUAAUCUCCUGUUUUGAACCACCGAAUUGUUAUUUUGUCAGUCUAAUGAACUAAUGUGUUUAUUGUGAGAUUUAUGUUCUACAACAUGAACUUAAAAAUCAAAAAUGAAGUCAAAAUAAAAUUUCCCAUAAAAUGAUUUUUAGCACACUUGGACAACGGUUGCGUAUGCAUGUAGUAGGCUGUAUCACUCGAUGUGCGUUACCGAUGUAGAUACCUAGUACCUAGGCAUUCCUUAUGACUCUAAUUUACUCUAGACUUGUAUUAAGCGAUCGUCAAGUAAAAAAUUUUCUCAUUGAAUUUGACGGAUGAUAUGUAUUUAAGAUUUAAAGUAUGUGUACAUAUAGUUUCCCCAACAACGAUGAAUAAAGCUUGAGAGAUUUGUAAAAAAAUCCACUUUGCGUGAUGCGAAAGAAAAAAAAAAAAAAAAAAGAAUCAAUUAACGCCUGCGUUUUUAUUAGAAAGUUUUAGUUGUUUCUUUCGUAUCAUAUUGUAGAGCUAAAAAUUAUUUUUCACGAUGUUGAAAUGAAAUGUUGAACCUAUCGUUAUUAUGUCGACACGAAAGAGGCUUGAAACGCGCUAGAAUGGGUCUUACGCUUCAGAGCAAAAAUUAUACUGAACUUCCAAUUACAAAUAUUACUACUACUUAUUUUCAACAGCAACCAUUUUUUUCAUCUAUAAAGGUGAUAUUAUGAAAAAAGAAAGAAAGAAAAAAAAAAAAAAAAAUUAUGGCUGUAAAAAUAGUAUUUAAUAUAGCUGACCGAAAGUUAUAUUAGUUGAUUUGCUUCGGCAUCACUGCACUUGGUCUGUUCAUAAAAAUAAAGCAAAGCGUAUCUAUAGGAAAUAGUUUCUUAAAAAGGAACUUUGAUCUGCACACAUGGCGAUCUUUGCUUCUUUUUCAAUAGACGGUAAAAAGCUUCAUUUACCUAAUCCCCUUGUUUUUCUCGUUAGCAAAAUACAACUAAUCUUGGUACUGGAUCAAUUAGUCAGUCUUUGUACACAAGAUUUACGCUGUUGAAUCAUAAUCUAUAUUUUUUUAACGAUACUUACAGAGUUUUAAACUCGAAUUGUGAAGUAAAGUUUAUUUCCCUAAUGGAGGAUAUCAAAUAUCGCUUAGUCUGUUGAUAGAGUUUAUUAGAAAUUUAACUGGACAAUCGCGGUGGUCUAUCUUGAUUUGAAUGAAAAGAAAGAAGAAGAUGAAAAGGUGUGAAAAAGGAGGGAAAACUUUUUUGCGUACAUUUUAACUUUUACUCGAUGAUUAUUAUUAUUAUAAUGUUCGUGUUUUCACUGUCCGUCAAAUAAUUACUUUGUGUUAAACACAAAGAUUGUGCGAAAUUUUUAAUUGUUGGACGAAACAAAUUGAUGAAUUUUACUCGUUACCCAUGUGUACUCAUCUAUUUUCGAAAUGUGGCAUCGAUGAUUAUUAUUAAGUAUAAGAGCGCAUUUUCUGUUACAUUUAUUUGUUUUUUGAUGUUAUAUCAUCAUUAUUAAUUCUUUUGUCUUUUGCGUGCUCGAUUUAUACCUAAUUGACAAAUUAGAUUCGUGAUUUGACUCGACGAUCACUUGAAAAGUGUAAAAAAAAAAAAAAAAAACUUUGUGUCCGUAAAUAGUUACAAUUAAGAAUAAUGUAAAGUUGCAAAAUGUACCUGCUUGUCGAAGAGACGUAUCUCAGUGCAAAAAAAAAAAAAAAAAAAAAGUUCCUAACAAUUAGUUUCGUCGAAAUUCUCAGUUGACUAUAUAUGGAUCGAAUGGAAAUUUAUAUAAGCUUGAAGGGUCAUCGAAGCGCACUUGUAUACUUGGAAUUCGAAAGAGGCGUACUAUAUGUGACACGAGAGAUUUUAAAUUUACACUUUAUCGGCAUGUUGCAAUUGACAUGUUAACUAUAUACGUACAUGUAUACUUAUUAUUAUUAUUAUUAUUAUUAUUGUCAUUAUUAUUAUUACAAUUACGUCUGACUUGAUGAUAUUUUAUUAUGUUUUGCGGCAUACUCGCUGUAAGAUAAGGGUGCAAAAGUACUUUGUAUGCGAAAAUCUCAUUAAAAUAGAAUAAUGUAAUUGCGUUAAGGUGAUAAUAUACGAUUAUCAUGAUGAUA